AUGAACCCAUAUAUAACGGACCCAGACAAAAUUCCACCUUCUGAUCUAUAUGCGGACCUGCCGCUUUAUGGUCGGUACCAUCCUAAGCCAAAUGACUUCCGCAUUGACCGCCAGCAUGUUGAUUCUCAUUCCACUGAAUCGAUGCAUUAUUGGGUAUCAGUUCUUACACUCUGCAACCAAUCUGUUAUGAUCUAUCCGGCGGAGGAGGGUGGCCGCGACGUGUUCGCCCUUGGUAGCAUCAUCGUCAAGUCGAGCCACAUGCAUACCCAACAGGGCACGAAGUAUACGGAGAUCGACUACUCCUAUGCUGAUGCCAAUGAAAUCCAGGCAAUUAACAUUGCAAAGACGGUCUUAAAAGACGUCAGAGUGCCUGAGAUAUACUUUACAGGGAAGGUACUGUUCUCACCACUUGAUUUCGCCAAUUUUGCUCACCCUUUUAGAUAA